AGAUUUCUGGACGUCGAAGGAGGAGGGCUGGAGGCCGGGCCAGCGGAAUGCUACGUGUCUUGGAAGUCCCUUUUAAACCCCCUUCGUCUCUUAGGAGUAUCGCAGCCAAAAGUUUGGAGGUUACGAGUCGAGCGACCGGCGGCAGACUCCUUCAUCCUCCCAGGCCCGUGUGUGUGUGUGUGAAACCGGUCCGGUGUUCAGCGGUCCAUCGGCGGAGUUAAUCGCUCGUGGGAAAAAUGUCCGGGGUGAAGAAGCUUUGCACGGCAAGUAGAUGUGGAGAUAACGGGGAGGAAAGAGGGAGGAACUCUUGAAAUUCACUCUAUCAGAUUUACGCUUUAAAAUGUGUCCAAGUGGAGCGGAGUGUGUGUUCAGACGAAGCCCUGAAACUCCUCCCAAGUAUAUGUCAGAUGGUAACUACUUAGUUAUAACAGUCUGACCAUCCGCUAUGUGCUCCCCCUGGCUACUUAAUAAUAAGAUAACGAGGAAAAGUAGCGAAUUAAGACAGAAAUUGAGGUAAACUCUAAGUAAUGUUCACUUGUCUGCUUCAGGUGUGAUGGUUACAGCCUUGACUCUGAAUAGGCCGGUUGUUGUAGUAACGCUUCCAUGUCAAUUUGGCCCAUUCAUAACUGAGGCUGUCUUGAAAGUGGGAGAAAGAAGCCUCUGUGAAACGGCAGUCUGAUGCUGCACAGGAAUGCUGCUAGCUUUGGAGACCAUAUGUUGGAGGUAGGACUAUCUAAAGAAUGGGAAUAGUGUGAAAUCAGAGGGGAAACCACCACACACUGUAAGCUCAGACUAUCUUUCAUGCAUGGACUUGUCAUAUGUUUUCUAACUCAUUCAGCUGCAUUUUGUUGCUACAACACUCAAGGUGCAAGCAACAGUUUUUGUCAACUUUUACAGUCAUUUAGGGGAAAAAAAUAUGCAGCUUUCAGCUUCAUAAAUGUAAAAAGUGGCUGCUUUCUUUUUAAUUAUUGUUUAUUAGGUAUUUUGGGAUUUGUAGCCUACUCUGUCUAUGGACUUGUCAUAUGUUUUCUGUCCCCAUUCUCAAGGUCUGCACUGUUGCAAACAGUGGAUGCAACACUAUGUAAGAAGAAGAAGAAAAGUCCAAGCAACAGUUCUCGUUAACUUUUACAGUCAGUUAUGUGGAAAACUUAUGCAGCUUUCAGCGUCAUAAAAUGUAAAAAAAGUGUCUGCUUUCUUUUUAAUUAUUGUUUAUUAGGUAUUUUUGGGAUUUGUAGCCUACUCUGUCUGGACUAGACGAUUCACACAAUAAUUUAAGGGUGAACUCUUCACAAAAGUUUCUCAGUAUAUUAGGAAAAGUCAUUGAGAAAUAGAAGACAGCUUUCUAAAAUGCUGCCUUGUAAUACUUUCAAGUAGUUACUGUGAUGCAAGCUCUUCCGAUGACCCUGCUUACCUUAUGACUAUCAUGCCAAGGCUUUCCGUUGAGGAAUUCGCCAACACUUGAGUAUCUCAGUUUUACCAAAUUGACAUUUCCUGAGAAACAGGCUGUGAACUAAAGUGGGAGAAAGAGAAGAUGAGUCAUAUACGGUUCCCAAAACCGAGUCUAUUGCAUAAAUCUUACUUAGGAAUACUGUUCAAUGGGCUUUUCAACUUGACAGAUGUAAGAGAAAGCAGAAGGCUGAUAACGAUUCUCUUACUUGGCAAGAAUGAUGACAGCGCACUGACUCAAAAAAUACAUCAUGUUCCCAUCGCAGCGCAUGGAAGGGAGGAGAGAGGGUGCCUCUGAUUUUAGGAGGAAUAGUGCUGUUUUGUGUUGGUGUGUAUGUGCGCAUAGUUGAGGCUACUUGUCAUAUGGGGAGAAUUAUGGUCAUUCAUUUGGCUUGUGACUUUGUUCUAGUUGUGAGUCGGAGCAGCGGGUGACUUUGAGAUGUUAUUAGUGGUGUAACAAAAUUACCCGAUAGGACAAGCGAUAAUGUAUUAAAGCUCCUUAUUUAUUUAUUCCAUAUUCAUAUCAUCAAAUUGAUAAAUAAUAAGAUAACGUUUUCUCACAUCUCUAAAUGAAACAUCAAUUUUUGCAUGAUGUGUUAGGGAUAUCUGUCAUAAAAAGCUCUGGAAAAACCCAGGGUUCAGACCUCUUACAGAUGCAGAGUGAGUGUGCAAAAAGAGGAGACAUGGGAUGGGUGUGGGGAUGAAGGAAGAGUGGAUGCAGAGGGCGAACGUGUGGGCACGAUCACUGCCACAUCAUCGCUGGGCUGCAGGCAGCACACUGGACACAUUGUCCAGUUAGUCCUCUCCCUUCCUCCAUGCCACCCUCCCCUUUCUAACCCCCCUCCCCUCUAAGAGUCAAUACAGCCCCAUUUAUUCACAGCCCGGUCCCUCAUAGUCACUUUAAACAGGGCACGGAAAAACAGAUCUGCUGAUACUGACAAUUACUAAAAGUUAUGUGACACGCAAAUACAACGAUGAUUAUAUUUAUCAAGUGAGCAUUAUUUUCCUCUAAUAUGCGAUUGUUUCUUGUUUUUUAGGAUCUCAACAGGUCGACCAAUGUGGUGUACCAGGCCCACCAUGUUAGCCGGAGCAAAAGGGGACAGGUUGUGGGCACCAGAGGAGGCUUCAGGGGUUGCACCAUCUGGCUCACAGGUAGAUCUCAAUAGGCCUUUAUAAUGCCAGCAUACUUACUUGCUGCAUCGGUUCUGAACAAAUCCAGGACUGUGUUACCUACUGUUUUCCAUGUUGUCUUACAAGGUUUGUCCGGGGCUGGGAAGACGACCAUCAGUUUUGCCCUGGAAGAGUAUCUGGUGUCCCAUGCAAUUCCCUGUUACUCACUCGAUGGGGACAACAUUCGUCACGGCUUGAACAAGAAUCUCGGCUUCUCUGCAGAGGACCGUGAGGAGAAUAUCCGUCGUAUUGCCGAGGUGGCAAAACUGUUUGCAGAUGCCGGGCUGGUGUGCAUCGCAAGUUUCAUCUCUCCUUUCUCCAAGGUGGGAAAUUAUUGGCUGCUAAUCCAAGACGUAUCUUAACCCUUUGACUUUUUGUUUGAUUAAAACAUAUAUUUUUAUGCACUGGUUAUGUCCUGUAGGAUCGUGAAGAGGCAAGAAAGGUCCAUGCGAGCGCCGGGCUGCCAUUUUUUGAGGUGUUUGUCCACGCUCCUCUUGAAGUGUGCGAGAGCAGAGAUGUAAAAGGGCUUUACAAGAAGGCUCGUGCAGGAGAGAUUAAAGGUCUGUUUGGCCAUAUUCAGCUCAGUAAACUCUCUACUUAAUGUUUAUUUUGCAUGCAGCCACUCCAUUAAUCAUACCAAUCUUUUAGCUUUACUCUUGUUAUUGUUUUGUAUUUGUUGCUAGGUUUCACUGGGAUUGACUCAGACUAUGAGCGGCCAGAGGUUCCAGACCUUGUGCUGAAAACUGGAGAGCUCACAGUGAAUGAAUGCCUCCACCAAGUGUUGGAGCUGCUCAGGGAACGGGUGGGUGACACAGACCAGGGUUAUUAGUUGUUCUGCCAAAGAUUAUUGUAGAAUAUCUCAAAAUUUUGUCCAGCUUUUCAUGGUAGAACAACACGACUGAACUGCAAAUGCUGCACCUCACACAGGCGUCAUCAUCCAUCAGGAGUGACACAUCCUACCAACCAUGACCCUGACUAUGAAUCCCUAUUUAAACAAGCAGCUCAAGCCACAAAGAAAGGUCAAUUCAGCUCAUAGUCUGGCAUGGGAAAAAAUAAAUAUUAUAUUAUUUAAUAUUCAAUGUUUAUUUUACAUGGUUGAAUUAAGUAUAUCAAAGGGUGUUUUGUUAGUCCUGGAUAUUCCAGUUUAGCUAUAAAGACUUUCGCACACAAGGGCAGUGGUUAUUGACAGCUCGACGGAGACAAAGAACACCAUGGUGACCAGUGGAUGGUGUUUGGUUGCAUCAAGCUACGUGACACUUUUGAUGACUGUGAAGGGGAGAAGCUCGAGAAUAGUGACUGAUCUGAGAAGCAUGCUAUGGUCACAGUGCAAGGAAAAAGUUUGACUAUAGUUGUAUAGAGUCCUUCAGGAAACAAAAAGAAACAUGGAUAUAAGUCCUCCUCUUAACGUAUGUUUCUGGCGCCAAGGCUCUUACAUGAGUAUUGUCAAAUAAACGCCCAAAGGCGGGUACAUCACUCUUUAUUGUUAUUGGAUCAGCCUGUGACUGUGCAGAUUACUUUAAAAAAAGCAUUGAUGAUAAAUUGACAAAACCUGUUGUCAUCCUUUAAAUCCUCUCUAAAUAGUUUGUAAAGCUCCUGUGACGAACUUAAUGUUUGUAUUGAUGCAAUUUUGCUGACUGUGCACUGUAUCCUUGUAUGUAUCCGCUCUCUGCAGAGGGAAAGUGAACAAGGACAUUUCUUCAGCUUUUUCAUGAUUUAGUUUCACACCAACCUCCUCAAAGUGGUUAAAGGCUUUAAAAUUUACAGUCACGAAAUUUCCAGUCUUGUCAUUAAUGGUCUGUUUUCAUGCAUACAAAGGCAUGACUGUUAAUUUGAGUCUCCCAGUCUAAGACAGGAGUUUCAACAUUUUCACUCAUGCAUUAAUGCAUGAAAACAGACAGACAGGCAGGCAGAUACACAGACACUUUGUACUUGUCAGCUCUUGUAAAAGUUUAUAAGUUUGCGGAGAGAAAAGUUUAGUUUGUGGGAGCUGAGCAGCUGGAAUGGAGGGUGUAUUUCUUUAAAGUCUGCGCUUUCUUCUUCAUUUGUGACAGUAUUCUGACUUAAAACACCAGGCACAUCCCAAUAAACCUACCUGGGGUGAUAAGGAACAACAACACCCCAGACUUAUGGUCAUGAAUAAAUGUUUGAAAGAAAGACAGAGUGAGAAUAGACAAAGAAACAACAAAUAUCAGCAGUAUUUUUGAUCUUCACACACAAACCCUCUUGAUCUAUCCUUUGAUGUAUCUGAAAGGAGAUAUAUAUUUGAUGAAUUGAUGCUUUUGGCAGUAUUUUGGUUAAAGCCAUGUGGAUUGAAAGCAUAUAUUCGUGGCCCAGUUAGAAACAAGAAACAUUUCAGCUCUCACAGCAAACUAAAAAAGCUGAAAAGUUGAAGUUACUCUUUUUUUUACUGACAGACAGUGAGACACAAUUUUUGUAAAAAUGUAUGUCAAAGAGAAGUGUAGUUUUUGAAGAAAUUCAAUAUUUUCUCAACUUUCUUUCUCAUUUUUGCGAAGUAUAGAUGAGGUAUUUACUUAAAUUGCAUUAUAUACAGUCAAAGACAACAUCAUGACACAAUCCAGAAGUUUAAACUAGAAGUAACUUGUCGAUGGAUGGCUUUAGGUAUUAUUCAGAACCUUUUUGGUGUGAUGAAUAAUAUAAAAUAAAAUAUGUUGGGUUUUGAAAUGUUGGAUGUAGGGCUACAUUGAAGUUUCAUUCGAUGGAAUCCAUUUGUAAUUAACCAAGAAAUUUGCUGCAAUAAAAUCAGUCUUUAGUCAUACCCUUUUUCAGUAACCUUAUCUUGCUAUAGCACUCAUAUUACCCUUUCUUCCUUGUAUGUAGGAUAUUGUACCAGGCGGGAUCAUGGAGGAGGUGAAUGAGCUCUUUGUCCCAGAGAACAAGCUGAAUCUCGCUUUGGCUGACGCAAACACGCUUCCCACCAUCAGCAUCACCAAGGUAACCCACCACUCCGGUAUAUAGACUUCUUUUUAUCACCCAGCAGAUGGACAAGGGGGUCAGUACUGGUAGAUGGCAGGGAGCUGAUGAUGAGCCCAUAAACAUUCUCCUCUGUUCCCUGUGUGCUAAUAGUCUGCUCCGACUUCCCUUGGCACUAAUAAAGACAUAAAAACUUACCGACCGUUCAGCUCUGACCCCUCGAGCUGAGUGAAAACUUUGAGUGCAUAUUUCUUACAGAAUAAGGACAAAAGCACUCUCUUAGCUCUAGAGGAAUAAUAUACUGUUGUGAAGGUUAAUAGAAAUUUGAAUCCUUGCAAAUUUCAAGUACUUCAGAUGGGAUUAUCUGUUAGUUAGCCAGCUCAUAAGGAAGACAAUAAUAAUUUCAAACCCAGUCUGUUGUUUAUCAGAUGAUUAGACCAUCUUUUAAUGGGCAUAUAGCAUUAAUCAUAAAUACAUCAGCAGCUAUUCAUUUCUCAUUUAAACACAUCUUUCUGAAGCCGUAUGGUUUGACCCUAAAGAUAAUGAAGGAAAGGUCAAGGGUUAAACAUUGAAGAUUAAAAGAAAUGUUGUCAUUGUUGAAUUGUGUUUAUAAUGAGACAUGUCUUCAUCCACAGCUGGAUCUGCAGUGGGUGCAGGUUUUGGCUGAGGGCUGGGCCAGUCCUCUGAAAGGCUUCAUGAGAGAGAGGGAGUUCCUACAGGUCUUACACUUUGGAAACCUGCUUGACGGUAAGAAAUAGCCUCAAAUUUAUAAGUGCUUUCUAUACAAACGGCAAAAAAUGAGCAGUUUAUGUCACCUUCCUCGUCAAAUUGGGGGCAUGACUAACAUUUUAAAGAUUCUCUUUAGACGGACGCAAAGGUCUGGCUCGUUUGUAUAGAAACAGAGGGGGAGUGCUGCAAAUACUUAAAGAUUUUCUUAAAAAAUGAACAGCUUUUUCUCAUAAUACAGAAUUGAAUGAUUUUCAAUUUUCAAGUUAUUUCAUUGAAAAGGUUAAAUAAAAGAAAUCUGUUAAGGAGUCACUUUAUAUUUCGCCAAUGUUAGACAAAAUUCUCCCACAAAACUAGCAAUUCUAAAACAGCAGAUCCAGUCCUGAUAAAACAAAUCCUUACAUUUAGUUUACCUUUAUGACCAUUUUCCAUCACAAGGUGAUAAUUUAACAUAUUCCAUACUUUUUAGCUGACUGAUCAAACUCUUUGCAGCACUUUAAAAAAAUCUUGUUGACUCACUUUUUAAACUAUUUGUCCAUCAGUUUGGUCAUACAGUACAGCUCAUCCCUGUGACCAUCUUUUAGCUGAAUAAUCAAUAUGUCAACUCAAAGAUUAUAGCUUUUUGAAUUCUUGUCCUUUUCUUCUUGUCAAAUAUUUAUGACUUUUUGUUAACUGUCCCUAACCCAACCCUGAAUUUACAAAUCCCUGUUCCCCGUAUUCCCUUGCAGCUGCACAAGAACACUGCAAGGGAAUCACUGUUCAGUGUGCUGCUGCCAAAACAGACAAACUGGUUAUUCUUUAUGUUUUGUAAAUGAAACUUUGAACUGAUACCCUCCUUGGCUCCCUGGCUGAUAUCACUGCCUGCUCUUCUGCCUCAGGUGGGGCCAUCAACCUGACAGUUCCCAUCGUCCUGCCUGUCAGCGCUGAGACCAAGCAGCGACUGGACGGUUGUUCAGCCCUGGCUCUGGAGUAUCAGGGUACACGCGUGGCGAUCCUCAGGAACCCAGAGUUCUAUGAACACCGCAAAGAGGAGCGCUGUGCCAGACAGUGGGGCACCACUUGUCCACAGCACCCUUACAUCAAGGUAACAAAGAUUUCAGUUGUUGUACUCAAAACAUACAGAUAUAACCUCAGUGUCAAUACCAUAAUCUUACCUGACAGUGUAAUCCGCUCACUCCUACAUCAGUGUUUACUGUCACUGUGUAAAUAUUGAACUUACUGUAGUUCGAGUGGUUUAUUAAUUAUAAAACCAAAGUAUAGCCUCACACAUAUAUGUCAGCAACCGUCAGACAAUAACUUGACCAGGAUAUUAUUAAUUACUGGGUAAAUAUUUGAGCUGCAUUGUCACAGAGAAAAAUGAUGCUCUCUGUUUGUGCAGAUGGUUUUGGAGGGAGGUGACUGGCUGGUAGGUGGUGACCUGGAGGUUCUGGAGCGAAUCAAAUGGAACGAUGGACUGGACCAUUACCGGCUCACGCCACUGCAGCUUAAGCAGAAGUUCAAAGACAUGAAAGCAGGUCAGAGUGCAAAAUGGACUUUGCCAAUGGACAGACACUGAAUACGAACAGUAUCUAUUUAUUUCAGUGUUUUUACUCUUUCUUCCAGAAGAAUUUGACAAAGAGACCAGAUAAGAAAAAAAUGGUAAAUUUAAAGCUGCAUGGUGUUUGUUUGUUUGUGAAGUGAUCACCUGCAUCUGCUCUCGCUCAUUCACUUUGACAUGAAUGUUGGGUAGAAGAUUGUGUCAAUAAGUUAUCUUUUUCACAACACAGAGUGAAUCUAGGCAUAUGUUUUUAUUACAGAUAUUCUGUUCUCAUCUUGAAUUUCAGUCCUAUUAAAAGCUGAAGCAUCAAACUGAAAAUAUGGUGUUAUCUACUGUUAACAAACCUUAGAAAAAGGUCAAUACCAUUUUUAACUUUUCUCUCUGUACCCAAGCCAAAGCAUUUGUUUUUAUUUAUAUAAAUGUAAAAAAACUAGGGUCGAUGAUGUGUCAACCUAAAACAAAGGGUGAAUUUGUGGAGGAAAUUGAGGGUUGGAUACUGUAGCACAAACUUAACAUUACUUCUUUAUGUAAUUGAAAAGUUCUAGAUAGUUUUUGAAUAAAGCUCUAAACAAUGAAUAAUCCACAUUACGUAAACAGUCUUUAAUUCAUUAAAGUGCCGGUCUUUUAAUAGGAAUUUAUUGUCAGUGAUACUGCUGUUAUUUGAAUGUUAUACCACAUCCUUCCAUGUUGUCCUCCUCAGAUGCCAUAUUCGCUUUCCAGCUGCGUAACCCAGUCCACAAUGGUCAUGCCCUGCUGAUGCAAGAUACCAAGCGGCGUCUGCUCGAGCGAGGCUACAAGAAUCCAGUCCUUUUGCUGCACCCACUUGGUGGCUGGACCAAAGACGACGAUGUGCCUCUGGACUGGAGGAUGAAGCAGCAUGCUGCUGUACUGGAAGAGGGCAUCCUGGACCCUGCUAACACCAUUGUGGCAAUCUUCCCCUCACCUAUGAUGUAUGCCGGACCCACAGAGGUGUGGUGUGUUAUUGGUUUGUUGUUAAAUCAUAGGUCAGGAACAGUUUGUACACUUGUGGUUUAAUUUUAACCUUUAUGUCUCUCAAUUUCCUCUCAGGUUCAGUGGCACUGCAGAGCAAGGAUGAUCGCCGGAGCAAAUUUCUACAUUGUCGGCCGGGACCCUGCUGGUAUGCCUCACCCAGAGACCAAACAGGACCUCUAUGAACCCACCCAUGGGGGCAAGGUCCUUACUAUGGCACCCGGUCUUACCUCUGUGGAGAUCAUCCCAUUCCGAGUGGCUGCGUAUAAUAAAACAAAGAGGGCCAUGGACUUUUACGACAAAGCUAGGUGGGUAACAAAAGUCUGCAGCUUUUUAAUUCGACUUAAUCAUUACCUAAAAUCACAAUCAAAGUCAGCUGAGAACCUGGCAGGUAAAGCUUCAACUAUCUUAAGCUCGACUGUUGUAAGCUCUUUUCUUUACAUCACAAUUCGACUCAACAGAUUUCAAAUCUGCUCCUUGAACAGUUUUGUCUCAUGUUAAACUAAAGGCAGCAAAGUCAAAGAAAUAUAAAGUGUAGCAGAUUAUUAGAGCUGUCACUUAACCUAAGAUGUAUUUAUGUCACACACAAAACUUUAAGUUGUUUUAGCACAAAAUAGACAACCCCCAACACUUGACAGUGCAAAGUAUAAAGCUUGCUCUUGUAGAUUCAGUGUGUUUAAUAAACUUUCCUGCUGUUCUACCCUUCUUAGACACACAGAGUUUGAGUUUAUCUCAGGAACCAAGAUGAGGAACAUGGCUCGGAGCGGAGAGAACCCCCCAGAUGGUUUCAUGGCCCCAAAGGCCUGGAAAGUGCUGGUGGAGUACUACACUUCUCUUCAGAAGGACAAGUAACAAACACAAGGACCAGCUUGCCAUUAAACGACACUCAAUAAAAGGAUACGAUUAGUUUUUAGGAAGGUACUUCAAUAGAUUUUGAUUGAAUCAUAUAUAAAUAUAAACAUGUAGAGUGGUAGAGUUUGUACAAAUAAUGAGUCAGUCUAGAUAUUAUAUACCAGUUUUCGCCAAACCAAAAAGAAUUCUCCUACAGAGGUUAAGAAAUGAAUUUUUACAUGCCUAUAAAACAACUUGAUUUAUACAUCCAUUGUAUGUUAAUGUGCAUAUUAUUAACUUAAGCUAUGUAUUUUAAUAAAUUAAAAGUAACUUGAGAUUCUUUUUUUUAUUUUUAGUAUUUUAGGAUUAGGGUUACAUUCAAAGAUAUGAAUAUAUAUCUAAUAUUUACAUGUGAUUUUCUGAAGGAUUUGUUACACAAAAACAUGUAGAUUUCACCUUUUAUAGCGUUUUAUGGAAAUUAUGUCAUGUCAUGUUAUUUGGAAGAGCUGAGUGAGAGUCAGUUGAAGUCAAAUUACUACCUACUGUGCCUCUUUUUUAUUGCAUGAAUGGAUGUUGAUUAAUUCAUCAUGUUUAGUUUCAUAUUAUUGUGUUAUACUGCAUAGGAAUAAAUGUGUAAAAUUGUGAAAGUGCCUUACUCUUAGAAAUGACAACUUUGUUAAACUGUUUAAACUUCUGACUGGUCUUGGCCUGAAAUUACACUGAGAAUGACAUGAUUGUAAAUAAAAGAGGGCUCGUGCAUUCAUUCAAUAAAACCUGCAGUUUUAGGAGGACAAAGGUUUGUCCAGUGCAAUAAUAAAAGACCUGAUUUGUGAAUUUGAAGAGUUGGUGACUCUCAUAAAAUAUAAAGUGUCAUGUCCUUUUGUAUGAGAGAAUUGAAUGUUCUUGUUUAUUGUUUAAGAGAUGUGCGUCCUGAUUGAAUCUGGUUGUGCAACAUACUUUGCAGUAACUUUUCUCUGUACAAGGUGCAUGCAUAUCGAUAAAAGGUGGAAGUC